UAAAUAUUCACGAGGAGACCGCUAGUUGACAAAUAGGGCUUUCAGGCUGAUAAACGUGAUUGUGCAUCACUCGACACACCCCAAACAUGGCGACACAACAAUCAGAACAAACGACAGAGCUGAAGGAGGACAAAAUAGCCAUUAUUGGCAGUGGGUUGAUUGGACGAAGUUGGGCGAUGCUAUUUGCCUCGGGCGGCUACCUCGUGUCCCUCUUUGACACUGAUUCGCGCCAGGUCAAGGACGCCAUGACGGACAUUCAGAUACAACUGACGAUGUUAUCAGAGCGAGGCUUAGGUCGAGGAACCCUGUCCGCUGAUGUCCAGUUCUCGAGAAUUACCACAAGCACAUCUCUGCUGGAGGCGGUCAACGACGCCGUGUACAUACAGGAAUGUGUUCCCGAGAAGAGGGAGCUGAAGAGAGCCGUGCUGCUGGAUGUGGAUGCGGCCAUGACGUCAACAGCCAUCUUGGCGAGCUCCACCAGCGCGAUGAUGCCGUCCCUCCUGUCUGACCACCUCACAAACAAAGACCGAUUCCUGGUGGCACAUCCGACUAAUCCUCCAUUUUAUGUCCCAGUCGUGGAACUUGUGCCUGCUUCCUGGACUGCUGAUCACGUGACAACUGCCACCUCUGAGAUCAUGGCUGCCAUUGGUCAGGUGCCCAUCGUGUUCUACAAGGAGGUGGAUGGGUUUGCCGUGGGGAGGAUCCAGUUUGCGAUACUGAGUGUGGCCUACGACCUUAUAAAGAAUGACGUGUGUGACGUUGAAGCCAUUGAGGUCGCCAUGACGGAGGGGCUAGGGAUGUGGUACGCCUUCUUCGGGCCGUUCCAGGUUGAACAUCUCAAUGCAGACGGGUUCAUGGAUCUCUGCAACAAAUAUGGGGAGGCUGUUUACAGAGUACAGAAAACGUUUGCUGCACCCGAGAAGAUGGGGGGACCGACAGUAGAGAAGAUGUUCCAGCAACUAGAGCUCUUCUGCCCUCUUGACAAACUCCAGGAGAAACGUCAGUGGCGAGAUGGACGCUUAGCAGCUUUGUCUCGUCUCAUCCGGGACUUGGACAGAGAAGAAGCGACACCUAGCGGGGGCACUUAGAUCCACCCCGUGAAUUGGCCAUGUGCCUGAGAUCCUUAUGAUAACAUGGUUGAAAUAAUAGAGCAUGGGUAGAAGAGGGUUCCUACGAGGGAGCUGGGCCUCGAGGGAGGUCCAGGUUGACGGGGGUGUUAUUACGGGGAGAUAAGUGUUCGGAGGGUUUUACUACGAUGAAAUCGGGGUUUGCAGGGCGUUAAUGGAGGGCUAUUUUGUUUGGGAAGGUGAUCGUACGGGAAUAUCAGAUUGAGGAAGGCACCAGUAAGGGAAAUAUAGGUUCUAACGGACAUUCCAGCUUUGGUAGGGUUUUCAUAUGUGAAUAUCAGGUUGUUCGAGGGUGUUCAUAGUUGGAUGAUGAAAGUAGGCAGAUGCAUCAGCCAACAUCUCUGUAGAGACAACCAUGUUCGUGGUGUAUUUGCAGAAUAAAUAAUUAAAGAAUA